AUGUCUCACACCUUCAUCUUCGACCACCAAAUCACCACCCCCUUCGAAUACGUCCGCGAAGUCUCGCCUGUCGCCUCCAACCCCUCCAGCCAGAUCUACGACCCUAACACCGACCCUGAAUCCACGGAUCUUAUUUGCGGUCGCAAUGCCUCGCUCGGGUGGUCGCAUCCUAAAUCUGCGACUGUGAAGGCGGGAGACCAGGUAGGGUUUUUCGUGGGCGUGGGACUCACGAGCCCGCCAAGUAUGUAUCACCCGGGGUUUGCGAGUGCGUGGUUGAGCAAGGUGGAGGACGGAGGACUGGAUGAGUAUCAGGGUCAAGGUAAGCUCAACCAUUGA